CCGCCAAAACACCGCCCCCUGGGCCCCAACCCUCACUUCAAUGCUUUACUCUACAAAACGCAAGCUCCACAACUUAAUAAACGGCCCACCGGCCCCAUCAACAAGCAUAUCGGCGCCCAACACACCAGCAAAGCAAUCCACAGACCUCCCCACCACCACUACUGCCGCCCUCGAUGACAGCGAUGUCGCCCUCAUUGGACCAACAGCAGAUGACGCAGCGAAGAAACGCCGCUUGGGCGGUCUGGGGAACCGCUCAAGACCGAGCGUCCGCGCGGUCUCGCCAACGGGAUCGAUCCGCUCCACUGUUUCUACAACUUCCUCUCAGCAGAUGCCGACUUACUCGCCGUGGGACCGGAAUGCAUUCUUGGAGAGGUUGAGGACAUAUAGGUUUGUGGAUAAGUGGAGUGCUAAACCGGCAGAUGUUAAUGAGGUUGAGUGGGCGAGAAGAGGAUGGAGCUGUGUUGACAAGAAUAGGGUCCGGUGUGGGGUCUGUAAGAGGGAGGUGGUUGUCAAGGUUGAGUUGGAUGAGGAGCAGGAUUCUGAUAUUACUAGAGCGGUGGUGGAAAAGUACAAGGAGAUGAUUGUCGCGGAGCAUGAGGGACAGUGUCUUUGGAAGAAGCGUGGCUGUGAUGAUACUAUCUACCGUCUCCAACUCGCAAACCCUUCCAUCUCCCGCCCUUCGUUCAUAUCUCGUUACUCUUCUCUCCUGCGUAUCCGUCCGGAAAUCCCCCCGUCACUCAGCUACCCGACUGCCGACCUUCCAGAGCACAUCUUAGAAGCCAUUCAUAAGAACACGCUCUCAGUAGAAGAGCAGCACUCUGGAGCCCUUACCCUUGCGCUAUUUGGCUGGCAGAACGAAGACCCCGGAAUCCCUAGCCUCGUUACGUGUUCAGCUUGCUUUAGGCGAUUAGGCUUAUGGCUAUUUAGGAAGAAGGCCGUUUCCAUCUUCGACUCAGUCGAUGAAGAGGAGGAGGCGAGUGUUUGCAGAUUGGAUGUUAUUGGGGAGCACCGUGAUUACUGCCCCUGGAUAAACGCCACAAACCAAGGUACAGAACCCGGCUGGCAAAUCACGCUCCGCAUCCUCCAACAGCCAAACAAGGGCCCGGCACUCGGCUCCUACGGCACGCAAUUCUCACCACCCCGGGACCUAGAGCGCCCCGUAACCCCAGCAGAAAGAGACGCGGAAGAUGAAUCGAAGCUGAAGAGACUGAGAAAGCUCGGCGCAAUGUACCUCGGCACCACCAAGAAGACCAAGGGCAAAGGCAAAGAAAGCAAGGAACGCCCAAAGACGCCAAAAACCCCGAAGACCCCGACUAAGGAGGCGCCGCCAACGAAAACUCCCAAGACUCCCAAGACCCCCUGCAGAGAUGCGCCCAAGACGCCGAAAACUCCGAGUAGGGACCCGCCAAAGACUCCGAAGACGCCGAGCCGGGAGGCGCAAAAGGCGCCGGGGAGGAGUGAGGAGUAAUGAGUAGAUUCGAGUCGGCAUGGGAGGGAAGGGGUUGUCAUUAAUUGGCGUUGUGUGGCUACUGUAGCAAGGGUUUUUGAUACCUUACUUCAUUAUUUUCUUCUUUCUUUUCCUCUCUCUUACUCCUCUUUCCCUUUCCCUGCAUAACCCUUUUGAUGGCAGACAGUGUAAUUUUUAAACUAUAUACAUAAACAAAAACUUGUGAUCAUG